CUGUUUCCGGUCGGACCGGAUGUGGCGGGAGGGGGAAAUGGCGGCGGCCUUGGUGCAGAUGAGCCUGGGGUUCCGGGGUUUCCUGGCAGUGAGGAGCCGGGCUGGGGGUCCGGGGCCCCUGGGGGGUCUGUGGCAACAGAUGAGGGUCUUCUCGGUAGACGAAAAUCCGUUUUACAACAAAUAUCGGCGGAAGAUCGAAGAUCUGAGAAGGUCGGACCCGGAUGUGUAUGAGACUCGGAUGGAGAAGAGGGCGGAGGUGACGUCGCGGCCCCUGGGCGCCUCCAGACAAGCUGAGUUUGCCCGCAGGGUGGAGGAGAGGGUGGGAUCACCCCGAGGAAACUUCACAAGGAAUAAGACUCUGAACUCCGUCCUGAAUCUGGAUCUGGUGAGAGAGAGAAGUGCUGAAGAGAUAAAUCAGAUUUGGAAGGAGUUUUUCUCGGUGAAGGACGCGGUGUACGCCGUCAUUCCGGGGGAAACCUUCGACGUGAUCUGGACGAGGGCCCAGAGCUGCCCUGCGUUCCUGUAUGCGGUGCCGCGGGCGGAGGGCUACGAGUUCUAUGUGGGUCAGUGGUCAGGAACGGCGCUCCACUUCACCUCUCUGAUCAAUAUCCAGAGUGCGGGGGACGCGGCGCCCAGUCAGCUGAUCUUCCAUCAUUACACCGACCUCCAGAAGGAGAAGGGAAUCGUUCUGAUGAACUCGGAAAUGGACUCCACAUUCCUGAGUGUUCCGGAGGCGCAAUGUCUGGCCAAUCAGGUGCAGCUUUUCUAUGGAGGGGAGUGGUUUCAUCUGGUGGAAAGCUUCAAUCACACCCCAGACAACUUCAAGUACAUGUCUGUGGUGUCGGCGCUGGAGCAGAGCGGCCUGGGGAAAGCGGCUCACCAAACCUAAGGAAGAACUCCGAUCCCCACCACCCUAAAGGGGAACCCCACCCCCCCACCACCACCCUAAAGGGGAACCCCGCCCCCGAGGACAGGCUCUGUGACUCCUCUGACAACCCCGGGUGACAUUCAUGAAAUAAACGUUUAUUUUGGUA